AUUAUAUAUGUAACUUUAUACACCCACACACAAUUAACACACCACAUCAAAAUUAUUGGAGUUUCAACUUCUUAUAAUAUACACUAUUUUUUGUUUCUUCUUCUUCAACUUCAUAUAUAGAAAAUGGCAAAUGAAAGUAUAGACAUGGAAAAAGAGAGACUAACAGCUGAGAUGAAUUUCAAAGAUUCAUCUUCAGUUGUUAUUAAAAUCCGGCAAAAAUUGCCGGAUUUUUUACAAUCUGUUAAGCUCAAAUAUGUCAAACUUGGUUAUGGUUAUUCAUGUAACCCUCUCACACUUGUUCUCGUUGCUACCAUUUUUUCUAUACUUACCCUAACCGGUCUAAAAUUAGACCGGUUUUACGAUACAUGGAGAAAUGAACCAACUUUACUUUUAAUUGAGACUUCAACCGGUCUAACCGGUUUGAUAGUACUAUUUUUGUUACUAGGGGUAUAUUAUGUAAAAAAACCUAGACCGGUUUUUUUGGUUGAUUUUGCGUGUUAUAAACCUGAAGAUGAACGAAAAAUAUCUGUCGAUUCGUUUUUGAAUAUGACAGAAACAAAUGGUGCAUUUGAAGAGGAAACUAUAGUAUUUCAAAAAAAGAUAUCUCAUCGUUCAGGUUUAGGUGACGAGACAUAUUUACCUAGAGGAAUCACAUCCGUCCCACCAAACCUCAACAUGAAAGAGGCACGCGCUGAGGCGGAGGCGGUUAUGUUUGGUGCAUUGGAUUCAUUAUUUAGUAAAACACAAAUCAAGCCAGAGGAAAUUGGGAUUCUUAUAGUGAAUUGUAGUUUGUUUAAUCCAACGCCAUCGCUUUCAUCAAUGAUUGUGAAUCACUACAAGCUCAAAACUGACACCAAAAGUUAUAAUUUAGGUGGAAUGGGAUGUAGUGCUGGCUUAAUUUCAAUUGAUUUAGCCAAACAAUUGUUAAAAGCAAAUCCAAAUUCAUAUGCUGUGGUAGUUAGCAUGGAAAACAUUACAUUAAAUUGGUAUUUUGGAAAUGAUAGAUCAAUGUUGCUAUGCAAUUGUAUAUUUCGUAUGGGAGGAGCAGCUAUGCUUUUGUCUAACAAGUCCAAAGAUCGAACCCGGUCUAAAUAUGAGCUGGUCCACACUGUUCGAACUCAUAAAGGUGCAGAUGACAAUAGCUACAACUGUGUGUAUCAAAGAGAAGAUGACAAGGGUGUCGUAGGGGUGUCACUAGCUCGUGAACUUAUGGCCGUAGCUGGUGAUGCUCUCAAAACUAACAUCACCACCCUAGGGCCAUCUGUGUUACCCCUUACUGAGCAAUUCAGGUUUUUCAUGACAUUGGUGAAGAGGAAACUCUUGAAAGCUAAAGUGAAACCCUACAUACCGGAUUUCAAGCUAGCAUUCGAGCAUUUUUGUAUACACGCGGGAGGAAGGGCAGUAUUAGAUGAAAUACAAAACAACUUAAGCCUAAGUGAUUGGCAUAUGGAGCCAUCAAGGAUGACACUCCAUAGAUUUGGUAACACGUCGAGUAGUUCGUUAUGGUAUGAGUUAGCUUACACAGAAUCAAAAGGAAGAGUGAAGAAAGGAGAUAGAGUGUGGCAAAUUGCAUUUGGUUCAGGUUUCAAAUGUAAUAGCGCAGUUUGGAAAUCACUUAGGGUUAUUGAUUGUGAUGAAGUGAAUGCAAAUGGAAACCCUUGGGCUGAUUGCAUCCAACGUUACCCUGUGAAAGUUGCCCUUGCAAAGCAAUAGUGGCCUAGACGAUACUCCGUCUCAAUUUAUGUAAUACUGUUUGAAUUACGAGAUUUAAAUUACUUUUUCAUGUGGAUUUCUAAUAUGUUAACUUGUCAAUUAUUUUGAAUUAUUAUACUUUUUACAUUGUUUCCAAA